AUGCGCUCUGCCAUGAUCAUCCUCGGUGCCGCGGCCCUGGUUGCCGCCCACCCUCCCAAGCCGUCCAGUGCUAUCACCUCGGCUGUCCAGUUGACCACCACCACCACCGCUCCUCCGACCAUCACUACUCCGGCCGCCAGCAGCACCGAGGACUGCGACGACGAGUCUAGCACUGUCGUUCCCACCACCACCCCCACCACCACCGCCGCCGCCAGCAGCAGCAGCAGCAGCAGCAGCAGCAGCAGCUCGGUGAAGAUGACCACCUCGACCACCUCCAAGACGCUCAUCGUGACCGUGACCAGCUGUGCUCCCACCGUCACCGAGUGCCCUGGCAAGCCUCACACCACCACCACCGUCAUCGUCGAGACCACCGUCUGCCCCGUCGACGAGACGACGCCGACCUCCAAGCCCCCCGUCGGCAAGCCCACCACCCCAACCACCCCCUACCCCACCGGCACCAAGACCACCCAGAAGCCCCCCGUCGGCACCGGCAGCACGACCACCUACAAGCCUCCCGUCGGCACCGGCACUGGCCUUCCCCCCACCCCUCCCAAGCCUACCACCACCUCGCCUCCAGUCACUGCCGGCGCCGCCAAGGUCGUCUCGGGCUUCUCGGCUGUCGUUGCCUUUAUUGGUGCCGUUGCUUUCUUGUAG